AUGCAAUAAUGUGUCCCUGAACAAAGGGGGGGUCAAAAUCAAAAGUAACAGUCAAUAUCUGGGUUGGCCACCAGCUACAUUAAGUACUGCAGUGCAUCUCCCCCUCAUGGAAAGCCAAAUUACCCUCUCAAACCCCCUCAAUUCGAGCCCUGGUUUUAACUGAACACACCACGAUCUUCACUGACACUGGGAUAUUUAUUAAGGAGUGCAUGGUGACUGAAGGAUUUGGCUGACAAAAUCCAAAUAUAUUCAUAGGAGACUAUAAUUUUGUCUGUCAAACAGGUAGGCCUACCUCUUGUUCUUUGAAUAGGAAGAAAUAGGCACCAACACAAAGCUACAUUGUUGUUAGUAGCCUUAAAGUCCAAUUCAAAUGAAGACUGUUGAAAUGAAUUAGGACUUCUCGAAGCCUUUGACUCAACUCCUGAAGUGCCACCAUACACAGCACAGUCAUUGGUUAGGCAGAACAAAAAGGUUCAGCUCCAGCUAGGUCACUGGUGAUAGAAGUCAGUAUUCGACAUUCAUCCAUGUCUGAGGAUGUUGGGAGAUGACAUGGAAACUGGACACUAGGGGCAACAGUAAGCGGUGUUAACUUCAAGUAGGUAAGUAUCUGCCUCUAGUGCCAAAGGUUGCAUGUUCUAAUCCAGCGAUUAAAAGUUGUUUUUGAGAUUUUUGUUUUAAGCCUAUUCCAAACCUUAACCAUUCAGGGGUUAAUGCCCAACUUUAAGAUUUUGGAAUAAAUGCCUAUAUUUUACCAAUAACCUUAAAAAUGUGGAGUUAGUGUCUAAACGUAACCUUAAUCACUUUGAAAUGUAACGUUUGGAACAACUUCACAAUGUGACGUUUGAGAAGCAUAGAUUAACGUCUAAUGGCUGAUGUGAAACUGUGAGACCUUGUUGUUCCAUCAGUAAAAGCAGGGCAGGCUGGGGCUCAUGAUUGGAAAGUCCAGUCCAUUGCCAUGUGUAAUGCAGUGUAGCUUAGUUCUAUAUACACCAUCCCAAGAGUGCAAAAACUCAGGAAGUACAUUUUCUUAGAAAUAUAACUUUGUCCUGUGCUUCUCCGAGCACGCUCUUCGUCUGUCCUAUAGUAUAGGCUAUGGAUAAUUUUAUUGAGACCACACUAGGCGCACUUGAUAUUGCACACCAAGCAAAUAAUCAGGGAUUAGGGGCAUCAUCGGGCAGACAUCGAAAUACUAUAAUAAGCAACUAAUUCUCAAACCCUGAGCAAUACCACAUUUAUUGUAUUACAAAUCACAUGACCCUCCUCCGGACUAAAUACAACAAAUACUAAGCCCUCCCCCUGAUUUAAAUUGAAUAAACAUGACCCUCCGUCAUUGUCCUCUAGGGAACAAUUGUGUACAUUUCCACUGCUUCCUAAUGUAAAUCUCUCUGUCUCUAAAUAUUGAUGGUUUAACACCGAAUACACGGUAUACUACAUCUAAAACACAAUCAGUGUAUAUUUGUAACCGGUUGGGUACACCAUUCACCGACGGGGAGACGCGCGCAAAACUACUGGUAGAUGGCUAGAUGCUCACGAACAUCAUCAGUGGUCGUGUGUGUGUGAGAGAGUGAGAGACAGACAGACAUCAAGUGAUAGACAUCAAGAGACAAUUUGGAAUCAAUAAAAACAAAAGAAACAUUGAGAUUCAUCAACAAAGACUUUGGCAAACUGCGUUCAUGUUUUGUAUUCUAAGAGCGCGACUCGACCAAGAACCCUUCGUGGACUGCAAUUGAACAGUGAGAAGGCACAGAUUAUACACAUUGGAGCAAUAGUAACGCUUUGCGAGAAGAAGCUGAUCAUUGUCGUUGAUUGGAUUGUGGUCAGUCAAUUUGUAUCUUAAAGUCAAGAUAAUAGAAACAGUUACCAUGGAAACUAUUAUGUUCUUCCUCUUUUCACUCCUGGUGUAUGUGGCUGCAGUAGCAGACCCAAGUGCAGAGGAUGGUAAAAAGGAGAAGAAAGAGGUGGACCCAUUUGUCUAUGACUAUCAUAGCCUGCGGAUCUGUGGACUGGUCUUUGGCGUGGUACUCUUCGCGCUGGGCAUCCUCCUCAUCCUCAGUAAGUCUUCAUACUUCAGCCGAAAAUGUCGCUGCAGUUCCAAUCAGGAGAAGAAGCCCAAGGCCCCUGGAGACGAAGAGGCUACGGCAGAGACCCUGAUCGUGUCCAAGGCUAAGGAGCCAGAGCCAGAGCCAGAGCCUGAAGCUAAGGCUGAGAACUGAGUCAGCACAACCAGACUGAACCCCACCUGACCGAAUCAACCACAUCUGCCACUGAACCACUACCUAACGACCAACACAACAACCAUGACGAUGAUGACGACGGCAACAAAGGUGAUGAUGCUGGGGAAAAAAAUAAUGAUGAUGAACGAAGAUGAUAAUGAAGAAUGAAGAUGAUGCAAAAGAAAUACUGUGCGACCACUGGGUAGAGGAUAGGAGUGUGUAGAUGGGGGUGGGGGGGGAUAAUGCAGAUGUAAAUAGACCUCUAACCUAUUGUUCCGUGCUCUGUGCCCGUGUAUGUGUCUCAGUGAUCUCGUGUGUACCUGUGCCUUUCUGCGACAUUCUGUCUCCAGUUUGUUGUCUUAGCCAGUGACACCUUUUUACAGAUCGUCUUUACCCCAGUUCUUAAUAAGUAAGAGAUUUGUCAAGAAAUGUUUUUCUUGUUUGUGUUUAGCUUAAAUUCUGUGUUUCUAUCGUCUUUAGAUUCUAGAGGUUACUGUUUGCUAUAUUUUUGUUGUUGCUGUUAUCACCAUCACACUUGUAACAAUUGUCCUCAAUGCGGUUUUUCACGUAGUAGAUUCUAUACUAUGUAUACAUGCAUAUAUAUUAGUAUAAAUAGUCUAUACAAAGUUAUAGCUAUAUAUACUGAAAUAUGUGUGCCUGUGUGGGUACAUGAGUUUGGGUGGUGUGUGUGUAUGUGUGUGUGUGUGUGUGUCUGAGAGGUUGUGUGUUUUUGACUGUGUUGCGCCUUACACACGAGAAUCCAACUGCCACAGUUUGCUGACCAAGCACAAGAAUGCAUCAGAGUUAACUAGGAGCUCACCAACAGUACUUACUGUAGUAAAGUGAGCUCCUACAUCAGCUGUAUCACUGCCUUGUCCUAGAAGAAAAAAAAAGUCCAAUCUAGUCUCCUCCUCUGCCAUUGGCUGAGCCGGGGCGAUACCGCCCUCAGAGGCUGGCUAGGAUUGGCCGGUUCCCACACCAGUGCCGCAAAUCUGUGUCCUCUAUCAUUUAUUUGAGAAGCAACAGUAGCUGAUUGCAAAGUCAGUCUCUCAACCAAUGGCGUUUCGCUGUUUUGUAUUGUAUGAUUGGUUAUGCAUUUAGUUAAUGAGAGAGCGGGCCUGUGUGUGAGUGAUCGAGAGUGUGUGUCGAUGCUAAGUGUGCCAGAGUCAUAGUUUUAGACGCCAAAUUAGGUGGAAGAAAACAAAAGGAAAAUAUAAUUUGCUCUGUAUCAGAUGUCAGGUAAAGCUUGUUACGCAGUACGAUAUAUGGAGUCUUAUGCGGAGUAUUAUUGUUACAAAAAAAAAAAAACACUGUCACGACAAUAAGUAACUAACUCUGUUCGUUCUGUGCAUGAGGUUGUAUUGUAAUAGCUGCAUUUUGUGCUUGUAGCAUAGAAAUAAAGUGUCUCUCACCAAUAACCUUCA